AUGGCUAGUAGUUCCCUUGCAACAUUGCAAAGUGAAGCAAAGGUAAACGGUUUAACUGAAGAACUUUUAAAUUUGUGCUCAACUUUUAUUGCAUCAAAAUGCCAUUCGUCCUCUCUAAUGCAGACUAUUUUAAAGUGUAUGAUUCCAAAGUAUACUGUGCCAGAUGAUGUUGUCAGAUGUGUUUUGAAAUGGGUACACCGGAAUGUCAGAAAAGUCAAUCUGGCAGUCUUAUGUGCUUUGCAGUGGGUUGCAGGUCUAAUAGAAUUUGGUCUUGCAGAUGAAAAACCUGUCAAUGAAUACUAUAAUAUGUUUCAUCUACUAAUGGAAUGGCCACGAACGGAAAAUAUUGCGUGUUGGUUGGUGGUUCGUUUAACAAAACCUGAUGAUAUUGACAGAAAUAUGGUAUUGAAGUUCACUUCUAAUGUUAAAGCAAAAAAAUCUGUUCGAGACAUUGUUUUAUGGUGCUAUAAAACAUAUAAACCAGAAUGUGUUCCAGAAGCUAUAGCAGCACGCAGCAUAAAAUCUACUCUCAAACUGAGUCCUUACUUCAAAUAUUGUUUUGGAAUGUCGCAUCAAAGAAUUGCAGAUAAUGAAAAUUUUAAGUUAACACAUGACAGACAGAACCAACUUGAUUUUAUCUGGAAGGUUCCAGAAAGAAAAAAGCGGCGUAUUGAGAAUCCGAUUCCUGAAGUGGAAUACAUUUACUUUGGAUCAAAGUUGUAUCAAGAGAAAAAGGUUUCAAUAUUGCAAAUAAACAGCUGGAAAACAUUUGCUACUUUGGCACUACAAAUUGACAUACCUUGUAAUGCAGUAUCUCUUGUUCAAAAUCCUAUUGGACAUCAUGUGCUGGCAUGUGGAGAUGAAAAUUUACAGACUCGGUUCAGUUACACUCUUCUUAACUUACUUCAGAAUGUGGUGAUUGAUCGUUUGGUUAAAGUUUCCAUGGAGAAUCAAGAAUAUUUGUUGGAGAAGAUAUGUGAAUUCCAAGAAUACUCACAGCAAGGAAUUCCUUUUAUGUCUAAAUUUGUUGCCACUUACCUAGUAUUUUGGGAUGGCUUAACAUUCUUAUCACAGUUAAUGAGACUUUUGCCUUGGAUCACAUUCUCAUCUUUUGGUGAAUUGAAAAGUUUAUUCCUUGUGCAUUUAUAUUAUGUAUAUAUUUCAUCCAACACAAUGGUGAAGUGUUCCAUUUUGAGAGCUCUCUUACAACUAGCAGAGAAUUUGAUAUUAAAAUCGUACAGUGUUGUAGAAAGUUUGUUCCGCCACCCUCCUUUAUUAGAUAACGCAGAAGAUAUCUUGAAUGAACUUAUAAAGUAUAUUCAGUCUUUGUGUGUUCUUGGAUUAAAUUUUGAACCUGGGAGUGCAGUACUGUUACAUGAAGUAUUGAGAUUGUAUGAGAUUUUACUGGACGUUGAAGAAAGGGCAGGUUUAAAUGUUCGAUCUGUAUUACCUCCUGCUGCAGUGUAUUUUUCUUUAUUUUCUAGAAACUAUGGGAAUAUAGAGAGAGUUUGUGGUUUAUUACUGAAAUAUGAUGCCUCUAUUGGUAUACAGAGAUCAUUGCAAAUUCAAGUACCAGGAGGGGCAAAGUUAGUAAAAAAAUACUCGUGUGACUACAUUAAUUUUUUAUGGCAUAUGCAAGCAAUGUCUGAGAGUAAAAAGGGUUUUAUUUUUAAAGGGGUUGAACCAGAUGCUUUUGCUCCAGUGGAAAAUGUUGAUAAGGCUUUUAAUGUAAUGGAAUGCAUCCCCCUUAUAUCUGUUUACCAUAAACAUGGUGAUACUGAAGAAGGACUGAAGAAUUUUAUCCGAGAACUUCGAACACUUGCUCCGAAUAUAUUUAAUUUUAUCAAACAUAAUUUGCAUAAUACGGUACAGUCUUAA